AUGGGGAAGACCAUCGAGGCGCCCGCGAAGAGGACGGGGAGAAGAGGAGGAAGACAACAUAUGGGGUACUGGGCGCCGCGUUGUGGAGGAAUUAGUAGACGGUUUGCUAGUGAUCCACUUCGGUUUACUGGAAUAGAUUUGAGCAAUGGCAGCCAACCACGGAAUGGUUAUGCUUAUCAGCAUUCGGAUGACGAAAACGACUCGACGGAAGAUGACUCGGAGGUGGCAUCUGAAGACGAGGAAGACGAGGAAGACGAGAAUCAAGCGCUUAGAAGGGAGCUUGACGAGGCUCUAGUACAAUCAGCCCUUUCAAGGAUACGGAGAGCCCAAGCCAAAGGCAAAGCGGAUGUCAAGCUGAACAAGGAGGAGCUUGCCGCUCUUGAACGAAGACGAAAACGUUUACAGGCUGAGGCAGAGGCAGCAAAACGACGUGGUGGAGGUGAUCGGAAACGCAAGGAAAAGGAGCAGCGAUAUGCUGUUCCCCUUUCACAAUUCGAUGAUCCUCAAUCGGGUUCAGAGCAAAACCAGCUUGCCCCUCCCAUGGGACGUUUCCCUCCCCCUAACUCCUCACAUUCACGUCCUCGUUCAGGCGCAUCAUCUACAUCCUCUACUCGUCGUCCCCAAUCUAUAGUGCGAAACUCCCCUCCUUUCGACUAUCAAUACGUACAUGCACCCCCUAAUCAACGCCAUGCCUCGGAUCCCACAGCAAAGCCUUCAUCUUCACGGACGUCCCUUACAGAAAUCAGAGAUCCUUUCCAAUACCAAACCGCAGGUCCACGUGCACUGUAUGCUGAUGGGGUUGCGGCUGCUAGACUAGACGCAGCGGGCAGGACUGCUCCUGCAGAUAGGAGCAGUUCAAGACAUCCCAGAAGAGAUGAGAGGAAUGGGCACGAACAGGAGGACGAGACAACUAGUGACGAUGGCGCCCACGAUGGACGGCUUUCAAGAGGAAGGGGUCGAGGCGAAAUUGUGAUGCAAACAUCCCCUUCACCCGAACGUACCAAGAGUAAAAAGUCUUCGCCACCUAUUGCAGCUGCGAAACGGAAAGCGGCUGCCCCUAAAAAAAGGAAAGGGAAAUAA